UAUGUUUGUGUGUUUUUCGGUCGUCUAACGUCCAGUGUGAACUGUAUGCAGACAUACACAAUACUGUUUUGCAGCAGGUAAAACAAAGUAAAUAGACGCUUAAGCAUGAGCGGUUUGCUAACGUUACAGGAGCAAGACUAGUGAGCUAUCUGUUGAGUUAGAUGACAUUAGCUAGCUAGCGUGACCACCCUGUUUGCAAGGCUGAAGACUCCGAUAGCUACAGUUAAAAGAAUGUUUUCAAGGACAACCGAGGAUGAGUCCUCGGACGUGGAGGAAAUGGACACCUCGGAGACACGGUGGUGUUGGUUUUACCUGGCCGAGUGCGGAGUGUGGCACAUGUUCGAGGUUGAUCCAAGUGCAGCGUGCUCUGUGACCAGUGACCAAAUCGAGCAGAAUUAUUGUAGGAAUCAGCAGGGUGUCCUGGAAUUCCACACUGCCAAGUACACCUACAGAGUGGACUUCUCAGUAAUGAGGCAAACCAAUCUGACAACUGGAAAGCAGCGGCCGAUCAAACGGGCGCUGCAUUCGAUGACAAGCUUCAGAUUUAUCUGUGAUAAUCUCGCCCUCCCUGUUCCAUCUCACUGGGAGAGAAUAAACACAGAGGAGCCUUACCAGCUCAUCUCUCUGGGCAGAGACACCUUCGAGUGUAAGGAGGUAGCAAGGCUCUUUGAGAGGACAAUGGGAGGAGUCCCCAUCAAGGCAAUUCAAAGAAUACAGAACUUAGACCUCUGGGAGUUUUUUUGCCGGAAGAAAGCACAGCUGAGAAAGAUCAAACGGACAGACAUUGAAGAGAAAAUGCUCUUUCAUGGAACAGGCCAUAGCAAUGUUCAGGCCAUCUGCACCUACAAUUUUGAUUGGAGGUUAACUGGAAGCCACGGUGAUGUCUAUGGCAAAGGGAGUUAUUUUGCAAGAGAUGCCAAGUACUCGAGUAAAUUCUGCCACUCGACAGGGAAGCAUAAUUUCACUCUGCAGAAGCACGGUCUGGCGCCACCCAUCUUUCAGAGCGAGCCGCCCUUCAAGUCGAUGUUCUUGGCCCGGGUGCUUGUCGGGGAGUACACCCUGGGCCACCCCCUGUUCAGCCGGCCCCCCUCCAAGGACACCACCAUCACAAACUUCUACGACAGCUGCGUGGACGACAUCGCCAACCCCAAGAUCUUUGUGAUCUUCGAUAGCAACCAGGUGUACCCGGAGUAUUUGAUAGAGUUCUAUUAACCGCAGUGUCCAGGGACGCUGUGCAGACACACCUUUUAUUUCUCCCUUAUGAAGUCAUUUUCUUUAAAAAUAAGAUGAAACCUGCCUCUGUCCAGGAGGGGUCUGGUAUAGUGGCGGAAUAGGAAGAGAAACUGCAGAAGAGGCAGGAGAGGAGAAACUCUCAUAUGGGCAGUAUUCGCUAUCUUUCCUUCAGUCCCUACCUACAGAUUUCCCACAGUGCCUUUGGGAACAGACAAGAGGGAGAGAGCAUGUAAGCUCAGAAAAUGUAGGCGUGCGCUCCCACAAAGUGAUGUAAA